ACUAUUUUCACUACACACUUGAGCUUUUUACCACCGAUGGCGCCACUAGUAGAAAACCACUCAUCUAUACUAAACCACUGUACUAUGUUCAGUGAGUGGAACCAUGACCAAAUUAUAGCUUGUAAUCAGACACACCACACACACGCACGCGCUCGCGCGCAAAUGCAUAUGUAUCUUUAGCUUGGGAUCUACACACCACACAGAGAAAGAAAGACAGAAGGCUGUGGCGCACAGUGAAAAUAGUUUGGAAUUGACAGUUUCCUAUCACCCGUUUUGUUUUUUUUUUCCAUUGUUAAUUAGACGAGUUGUCGACUAAUAAUGAUACCAAUUUAAAGAAAAUUCGCGUCUUGCACAAUUGUAUGUACAAGGAACAAUUGCAUCCUUCAAAUGGAGCGUGUUUUGAAAGCUGUGCCAGCAGAUUUAAGAGUAAAAAUGGAGGCACUUGUGCACGACUUAACUUUGGCAUUGGAAGAAAGCAGCAACAGCGCAAAUGUCAGGCGCAGAUGGGGUAUCAGAAGAAGGGCUCGUUCGACAGGCAAUAUUCCAUCAUUACACAUGAAUAAACAUUCAGAUGACAGUUCGUCUUCCAUAUGCGACAUCCACGCUCCGAAGAAUAAUACUGCCUCUAAAUAUCAAUCCGAUAGCGACGAUACAAAUCAAACGAAAAGAUUUGCUCGCUUUUCUAAUUUAAACAAUGUUAGUAAUAUCGAGAGCGAUUCGGUUAAUGAAAAUUUCGUGUCUAGCGUAAAUCCGAGACGCAAAAGAAAAUUUAAAAGAAUGGCUAUCGAUUCCGAUUCUAAUCCGUCAACUUCUCAAACCAUUGCAAUUAUGUCAACGACUCUUGGAGAUAAAAAGAGGGUUCUCAGAAGCGACUGUAAAAACAGAUAUGGAACGAUAUGGUGUGGAAAACGUAAAAGGUCGUGUAGGGAGCGUUCUACAGAUUGUGAAAUGAGAUCACUGAAACCCAGUAGAAAUACAAAAUCAAAAAGUCGCAAUAAAAUGCAAACUGAAGAUACAAUCGAUUGCUCGAGAAUAUCAAGUUCAAGUAUUUCCUCUAGUGAUUCGGAAGCUGGACUUAUUACAAACGAUGAGGAUCGAGAAGGAGAUGACGAACAGUCGGAUUGGAUCGGAGAACCAAGUUGGUGGGACGAUGGCGAAAGUACUAACGAAGAUAAAGUUACUACAGAUCCAGCAUUCCAAAUGAUAUUGCACGGCAGUUUCGAGCAUGCCACGGAUAAAGCAAGGAAAAGCUAUAGGCAAAGAAUUCAAAGAAUUCGAGAAGGUCAUAGCGGAAGAGAAAUUCGUGCUGGCCGUCGUCACGUUGAUAAUAAACCUGGAUAUUCGAUUAUUACGUCAGCUAACGAAAAAGUUUCUAGGUUUCUUCAAGAUCCUACCCAAAGUGAACUUAAAUUACAUCCUAUGCGUCAGCCUGAGCGAGAGAAACUCCGCCGCCUUGCAAAUUUAUAUAGUUUAAGUUUAAAAGGAGACUUAGGAUGUCCAAUUUUAUACAAAACUAGAAAUACAACGCAAGCCAUUUGCAUAGAUCAUGUACCAUUAAAAAGAUUUUCGGAUCAUAAGAGAUUAAGGAGAACUCCGCCGAAUUCUCCGAAUCCGGAGCCAAGAAUGCAUAACCAGGAAUAUCAAAUUUCUAGCACAAGUUUCGGGUUGCAAAGUAUAAGUCCCACAUCAAAUUUAGAUUCGAUGCAAAAUUUACAAAAGUUUUCUCAUUUUGAAUGGGAUUCAAAUAGCAUGGACAUUGAAAUUCAUGGAAAACAAAAAUUUCAUGAUUUUGGUCAUUCGAAAUCAAGUUAAACUAAACAAAAUUCUUUUUUGUUAAUCUGUUUUCUAAAAUAAAUUAUUGAUAUGCAUA